AUGGCAGAUCAACUCAUUGAGGCUCCGAGUCUGAUCGAGACCACGGUCCUGCCGUCAGAGCCGACAAUUCUUUCACCACAAUACCUCUCUUACAAUUACCUGGAGGAGCUGAUAAAGGUGUUGAUGAACAUAACGGCACCACAAGUGACGUUAAGUUCCUGGAAGGUCUCCGCUCUACUCCAGUCCAGUCAAGAUUACGCCAACAUCACGAACUUUGCCGCUGCUUGUGAGCUGAUUUAUGAUGCACCCAGUCGACAAGAUGGUGGUUCGUCACUGAUAUUCGACCCUGGAUCUUCAUGGACCAUUCCCAUAUAUUCGUGCAUCACCGCUGCCAAAGCGCCGAUCAAGACCAUGUCUUUCAGAUUUAAUAGCACAGACGGUCUCUCGAGUCUGAAGGUCAUUGGCUUGAGCGAUAAAUCCUAUGCGGGCGAGCUUUCAAUGCCUUUAUGGGCGAUCGAAAACACCGAUCUCAAGCUAGCGGAUGUAGAUCUCUUAUGGGGUCUUGUUCCUACUGAAGGUGUAUGGAACAUCAACAUGUCUACCUUGCUGAAGGAGUCAUUAUAUCUACCAAGGAAAGUUAGAUUUGGAUUAAUCGAUAUUGCCUUAGACAACUUCCCCGGGGGAAAUUUUCAUACGACUGUUCUUACCGAGGGCUAUGGCACGGGAUCACCCGACGAGAGCAAAUUACCGGCAGAAACAGCUUCACAUUAUUCAACAAGUGGCAACAGUUAUCCCAACACGCGUCUACAGCGACGAAGAUCCCCAACCAGAUCUGACCGAUGCAGCGGCAAACGCAGUUGUUGGGACGAGGAGUAUGGUCUCGCCCAGUGGAGCCACCGAACUGCCAAAAAGGGAUAUGACGGCAACAUCGGGUGCUGA